UACGGCUGGAGUCUUGAACAUCUGAUCGAAGACCUGGAGUUGUUCUGUGCUUUUAUUCCGCGCUCCCUCCAUCGAUUUGGGAGCUCGCAGUCCGGAGAAACACAUCGGAGUACUCCAGGAGCGAGCAAUGAUCCGAGUCUCUCACCGGCUCCUGUUGUCCCAUUCGAAAUUUGACGCUCUCAAGAGAGCACCUGGAUCCAUCGCUGGUAUCAGGCGGAGCAACAUGACGAGCACCGAGAAACGAAGACUCGCGUUCGUGUCUCUGAACGAGGAGAAGCAGAAGAUGCUGCUCUCUUUUCGCUUGCAGAGCGAAAUCAUUCCGGACCGGAUGUUCACCCUGAACAGGGGUCUUGACGAGGCCCUCGAAAUAGCUCUCACAAGGACGAAGAAAAACAUAACCGUGGAGGCCGAGAAGAGAAUGAGACGGAAAAGGAAGAAGUCUGAAGAUGAGGAUAUCGAAACGCCGGAGUUCGAAGUCCACGUGGAAGAUCCACUUGGGAAAGUUCUCGAGCCGUUCCUGUCGAAUCGUGAGGCUUUCAAAACAGGAAACACGCUGAAAGUUGGAACGCACAGUUUCCUUAUCGUUGUCAACGCUCCAACGAUCGUCCGACUCGAUCUCCCCAGCAUGUUGAUAGUCGGUUGCCCGGUCCAAGCGUAUGUGAGUCUCGAGCACGCUAAACUUGAAGAUUGCGUUUUCUCAUGGUGGAUUAAAGCGCCGAAGUUCACUGCGAUUGAGAAGUAUCCCGAGGACGAUGUACGAAAAAUCAAAGGAAGAACGUUCCUGAGACUCAACGGCGAAUGUAGCAAUAUAUUCUAUCCUACGGAAGAACAUGUCGGUCAGAAUCUUAUGGUGGAAUGCGAACCAAGACGGGAAGAUGCAGAGGGCGUUCGGAUUCAAGAGAUCUCAGAUUCUGUAGUGACGCACCCCACGGGUUACAAUCUGUACGAUGACCGGCUGAAACUGACUGCAGAAAUUUUACCGGACGAUGAAAUAGCGUUCUUUGAUACCGUGGCUGGUUCCAGAUUCAGGGUCGUCUCCUAUAACUUAUUGGCGAACAUUUAUGCUCACACGAAGUUCUCGAAAAACGUAUUAUUCGGCUAUUGUCCGUCCUGGGCGCUUGAUUUCAAGUACAGGAAACACUUACUCAUGAGAGAGAUCCUAGGAUACAACGGGGACAUCCUCUGCCUGCAAGAAGUUGAUCGCAGCAUGUUCAGCAAAGAUCUCUACCCAUCGCUGAGCCGACGCGAUUUCGAAGGUUUCUACGCUGAGAAGUGUGGUCAAAACUCUGAAGGUGUCGCUAUAUUCUUCCGGAAAUCGAAGUUCGAGCUUCUGGAGCAGUCUUCUUUGACUUAUUCUCAAGCAAUACGAAAACAGGAAAAUUUGGCAGACCUCAAGGAAGCCGUGAAUGCGAAUGAGAUGCUCAGACUCAGACUCAAAGAGUUGAAUCAAAUGUACAUGCAAGCCGUCCUGAAGCAUAAAGCUAGCGAGAAGCACCUGGUAGUUGGGAACACUCAUCUGUUCUUCCACCCGAACUCUGACCACAUUCGGCUGCUCCAGGCUCUCGUGGGCUUGCGCGAGCUUCAGAGUACCGCUGCAAGAUUCAAAGAUAACGAUUCGCCGUGUGCAUCUCUGUUCUGUGGGGAUUUCAACAGCACGCCCGAGUUCGCCGUCUACCAACUCUUCACCACGGGGCACGUGCCAAAGGACUCGUUGGAUUGGAUCAGCGUCCCCGAGGAAAAGAUCAGCGGAGUGGUUGCAAAAAUCGAACGCUGCAUGAAAUCGGCUUGCGGUACACCCGAGUUCACGAAUUACACUGUCGAGUUCAAAGCUUGCCUGGACUACAUAUUCCAUUCUGAGGAAAUUGCGGUGGACUCAAUCGUGCCGCUUCCAAGCGAGGACCUUUUGGCACAUGAAGAGUAUAAGGCGAUUCCGUCGCCGAUCUUCCCGUCGGAUCACCUGGCUCUGGUCGCCAAUCUCAAGUUCAGGAAAUAA